GCUCACGCUUCAAGCCCACUGUGUCAGCGCGUGUGAGUCUGUGUGCACGCGUGUGUGAGUGCUCGCUGCGCGCGCGCCAGUCCGAAGGAGCGUGUGCGCGCGCCCUCGGCUUCCCCGCACUCCCGGGCAGCCCGGAGCUGGCCGCCAGCGCCUCUUACCUCUCCGUGCCUGCCGUGCGCGCCCGGCUGUUUCUAUAGGAACCAGCAGGGCGCCCGGCCCCUCCGGCUGCGGCCCGCGCGCGAGCAUGCCCAGUGCAAGCCGCUAGUUUGGCUCGGGUCUCGGUUUCCAGUAAGUGGCAUGCGGGACUCGGGAGAGAUCCCAGGGAGCUAGCUGAGCUGAUCGCCUUUGUGUGCAGAGGGAGGAGGAGGCGGCGGCGCGACCCCACCCGGGGAGCCCCACGGCAGGAACAAUGCUAGCCUGCCUGACCCGCGGGAACUUACUGGAUGUCCUGCAGGAGGGCUUCAAUGAGCAACAGCUGCAGGCCUAUGUGGCCUGGGUGAAUGCCCAGCUGAAGAAGAGGCCAUCCGUGAAGCCUGUGCAGGACCUGCGACAGGAUCUCCGAGAUGGAGUGAUCCUGGCCUAUCUCAUCGAGAUUGUUGCAGGAGAAAAACUGAGUGGCGUGCAGUUGAGUCCCAGUAACCAACAAGAGAUGAAGGAUAACGUGGAGAGAGUGCUACAGUUUGUAGCUUCCAAAAAGAUUCGCAUGCAUCAGACUUCAGCUAAAGAUAUUGUGGAAGGAAACCUGAAGUCCAUCAUGAGGCUGGUCCUUGCCUUGGCAGCUCAUUUUAAACCUGGCUCGAGCAGGACAGUGAGCCAGGGGCGCGACUCCAGAGUCCCUGCACAGAGUCAUCAACCACACUGUGCGACGGCUGUGGCCCAAGGAGCAGCUGCUGCUCUGGCUGAUGUGUGCCGUGACAUGUCUCGGUCAGGACGGGAUGUCUUCCGGUAUAGACAGAGGAACAGCAGCAUGGACGAGGAGAUUGAGAACCCAUACUGGAGUGUUCGAGCGCUGGUGCAGCAAUACGAAGGACAGCAGCGGUCCCCAUCUGAGUCUAGCUGCUCCAGUCUGACUUCACCCAGCCCAAUCCACAGUGCAAAGAGUGAAUCCGUUAUAACCCAGUCAGAGGAAAAGGCCGAUUUUGUGAUUGUUCCCUCUGAAGGAAUAGAGAACAGAACAGACGAGACAGACUCUCCAUUAUCCCGAGACUGGAGGCCUGGGAGCCCGGGAACGUACCUGGAAACCACAUGGGAAGAACAGCUAUUGGAACAACAAGAACAUUUAGAAAAAGAAAUGGAGGAAGCAAAGAAAAUGAUUUCAGGACUACAGGCCUUACUGCUCAAUGGCUCCUUACCUGAAGAUGAACAGGAGAGACCCUUGGCCCUCUGUGAACCAGGAGUCAACCCCGAGGAACAACUGAUUAUAAUCCGAAGCCGUCUGGAUCAGAGUAUGGAGGAGAAUCAGGACCUCAAGAGGGAGCUGCUGAAAUGCAAGCAAGAAGCCAGAAACCUGCAGGGGGUGAAGGAUGCCUUGCAGCAGAGGUUGACUCAGCAGGACACAUCUGUUCUUCAGCUCAAGCAAGAGCUUCUGAGGGCAAAUAUGGACAAGGAUGAGCUACACAACCAGAACGUGGAUCUGCAGAGGAAGCUAGACGAGAGGAACCGGCUCUUAGGAGAAUACAAAAAAGAGCUGGGGCAGAAGGACCGCCUCCUUCAGCAGCAGCAGGCCAAGUUGGAAGAAGCCCUCCGGAAACUCUCGGAUGCCAGCUACCAGCAGGUGGAUCUAGAACGGGAGCUAGAACAUAAAGAUGUCCUUCUGGCUCACUGCAUGAAAAGAGAGGCAGACGAGGUGACAAAUUACAGCAGUCACAGCUCUCAGCGCAAUGGCUUUGUUCUUCCAGUAGCAGGGAGGGGUGCCGCUUCGGUCACCCACAGAGGGCCACAGACCAGUGACCUCCAGCUCGUCCGAGAUGCUCUCCGCAGCCUGCGCAACAGCUUCAGCGGCCACGAUCCUCAGCAUCACACCAUUGACAGCUUGGAGCAGGGCAUCUCCAGCCUCAUGGAGCGUCUGCAUGUCAUGGAGACACAGAAGAAACAAGAGAGGAAGGUUCGGGGCAGGUCACUCAGAACUCAAGCAAGCAGUGAAUACCGGGCAUCCUGGCCCCCUAAUUCAACAUUGCCUCACUCCCAGAGUUCUCCAGCCGUCAGCAGCACCUGCACUAAAGUGCUCUAUUUCACUGACCGGUCACUCACGCCCUUCAUGGUCAAUAUACCAAAGAGGUUGGGGGAGGUGACACUGAAGGAUUUUAAAGCAGCUAUUGAUCGAGAAGGGACUCACCGGUAUCACUUCAAAGCACUGGAUCCCGAGUUUGGCACCGUCAAAGAAGAGGUUUUCCAUGAUGACGAUGCCAUCCCUGGAUGGGAAGGGAAAAUUGUGGCCUGGGUGGAAGAAGAUCAUAGAGAGAAUUAACUGGACCUUGGACACUCCCUGGCUGCUUCUCUCAGGAAAGAGGACUAACACCAGAGUACGCUGAGAAGUUUCUAAUUCAUGCUGCCAAACAGAAGCUUCUUCAAGUAUGAUGGUCAUGGGCCAGUCCUGUUUGUGUGCCUGGCAUAUCUAGUACUUAAAAUCUGUCAAAACACAGACCAUGGGUUCAUCUGGAGCUCCUUGUCCGUGGAAACAGUGUUUUAUUCUACUCUGAGGACACCAAACCGAAGGCCUUAACCACCAGGGAUGGAUGAGCCCUCUCUUGUAGGGGCAUGGCUGCUAUUAUCUGGAACCUGGAAAUGUAUGCAUCUCUCCUUCAUGUUACAGUGUUCAUUUAAUUGGCCUCAAUGGUUGCAGCAAUCAGAGUCUCAGCAUCUGUGCUCACAGACACGGCAAAGGUACCAACUUUUCUGCCUCUUGGCAGACAUUGCAAACCAGAAGUAGCUCAUGAAGUGGUACCAAAGAUGAAAGACCAGGAAAUGGAUGAUGCUGACUUGUUGAUUGGGUUGGGGAAGGGUUGCCCAUAGUGUGCUAUACUAUGCCAAAACUAUAAUUAGGACCUUGGGCUGCCUCUUCUGGUUUUAACUGAUUCUGCAGCUUGUUCUUAGCCCAUUCAGGGCAUUUUUUCACGAACUGCUGGUUUUCUCUGGGGACUCUUUAACUUUAGAGCCAUUUUAUUUUUCUCCAAACAGAUGACUGUGUUUGAAAAGAAUAAGAAGCAAGAGGCUCCUUAAACAUCCAGGAGGACACGGAAAGGUGCUGCUGUCCAUUUCUCUGUGACUCAAACUCAUAGCAUCUCCUUUGCAUUGCAAGGGGACAGACCAUUAAUUUGUGUUUGUGAUUUGAGCACUGAGCACGACUUACUGGUCUGCUUCUCAUUUCACGGCUGGAGUUAUUUUCUGUUCCACACUCAGCCUGGGCUGUUCCUUUAGGGCACAGUGGAACCCACGGGGCACGGAGCAUGAGUUGUGAAUGGCAGGGUCGAUUCAAGUGAGCAGUCAUUUCUCAUUGCAACAUUGUCCAGUAUAGAAGCUGAAGAGUUCAACUUCCAGAGGUUCCUCAAUAACUUGGGUUUUCUCAUUCACGCACCUCGCACCAUCCACCAGUCAGUCAUGAUUAUCUAUUUAUAUAGUCCCUCAAAGCGGUCUGCAGCCACCACUGUACACUGCCAAACAGAAGAGCGGAAUAGAUGGGUCAGUCCGGGGAUCUGCCUCUCUGUUCAUCUCCCAUUUUCAGCCAUUUGAACAGACUACUCUUUGGAACUCUGAGAUAACAUCUUAUUGUUUUAUAUAGACAUGUCUUUUAAAAAUAAUUCAUGUUUGAAAAUUGCUUUGUACUCAUUUGCUUUUGUCUGAGAACCAUGUCUAUUUUUAUAACUCACGUGUGAUUUCAGUGUAAUCUCCCAUUCCCUGUACUCUGUUGAUUUUCUAGAGUGCCCAAUAGCUUUUCUACAGUCUCUUCUUACCACCUCUUGUGGUUUCAGAACAAGCUUUAUUUUGUUACAAGUACACUAAUGGCAGUCGAUUUCUGUCCAAUUCUCCCUGCUGUUUUAGUAAUGGAGUUGUUUUGUUUUUGUUUUUGUUUUUUUAGUCUAGUUGAUUGCUCUUCUAAAAGACAUGAGAUCAAAAAGACCUCUCAAAAAGAAAGUCUUUCAUGUUCGCUACCCUGGUCUUCUAUUGAAGAACAAUUUUUCAUCAGCUGUAACUAGGAAAGUUUGGGAAAGUCAGCCAUAAGCAAGGGACAACUCAUUGUGGAAGCCAACAAAGAAAACAGUAUUAUUUCCAUUUUUUCUCAAGAUGACUAGAGGGAAUAAAAGUUCGUAUAUCACCAAUUUCUCUGUUGCAUGAAUUUUAAUGUUUUGCUAUUUGACAGCAUGAAGGUGACCAGGCUAAACUUCGGUACUGUAGUCCAAUUUACCUGGAAUGUCUGUCUCUUAAACCAGAUUUCCCUUCUCCAUUUUCUUUCAACAAACAGUCUUGACAUUAUGUGGAAUUAACUUUUCAGCAAAAAUUAAAUCAGAGAAAAAGCUUCAAAGUCCUCUACAUUGUGUUUUAUUUUUUAUCACUUUUUGAAAAAGGAGCCACAUGGCCUUAGUGGCUACAUAAAAGCAGAGGUUGGAAAUGGGGAGAAGAUCGUGCACUAACCUCAUCUACCAUGGGCAAAAUGGCCAAGCAUCUCUGCUGGAGGAUGUAUUCAUCAAUCCCUGUACAUUCCAAACCAGGGAUCCUUAUUCCAGCCCAAGAUGCUGGAGUCUUCAGAGCAGGAGCAAGCAUGAAUCCAUUCUGUUCUCAAUAAUCUCCUAUUUGGCUACACUCCAUGACAGUGGUUCUCAACUUGUGGGUCAUGACCCCUUUGGACAUUAAAGGAAUCCAAGGGGUCGUCUAAGAUCAUCAGAAAACAUGAGUAUUUACAUUACUAUUCAUAACAGCAGCAAAAUUACAGUUGCAAAUUAUCAAUAAAAAUAUGUUUCUGUUGUUUUUCUCUUUUUA